GAUGUGCUUCCUGGGCACUUGCACUGAGGGGCACACUAUGUAGGCGCACGGGAACGCAUGCAUAUGCAUAUGCAUGCGGCGGUGGCGGCAGCAGCAAUCACCAGAUUCAUUCUCUUCCAGCUGCUCUCCUGCCAGCCGCUGACCAGCUGGGGCAACUGGAGCCGUAGACAGCAGCAGCAACGCGCGUCACCUCGGGUGACCCGGCCGUACAGGCUGGGCGGGUCCUUGGAGGAGGAGGCGGCGGCGGCGGCGGAAGAUCCCCUAACGGCUGGUUGGGCGUGCGACGGCAGGGCGGGCGCCCAAGCUGGUGUAUGAUGGAUGGGUUGCCCCAACGCGACGGCCACGGCGAUGAACCCUGAGAGGAGGAGGAGUUGCAUUUAUAACGAGCGGCCGCUUCGAACUCCUUGGCAGUUGGCGUGUGUGUUACGGGGUACUGGGACCACACUCGUUGUCGGCUGAUAGUGGGCUGAGCGCGAAGGUUACAAACGCGACCAGUGUUAGUGCGGGUAGGCGGCGGGAGCCGCACGUGCCGGGUGCCUGCCAACAGGAUUGAGAGUAGGCUGCACGCCGAAUGUAUAGGAGCGAGCAGUGCAGGCAGUCUGGGGCGGUGUGUGCCAGUGGGGUUCGUGGCAUGCGAUGGGGCAAAUGAUUAGACCUGGCAUGUUUAGCAUGUAAUAAUCUUGUGAU